UGGGAGGGAAGACAAGUUCUGAAAGACACUCCUUGUUUAAAAUUGAAGCUUAGUUUAAAAUGACAGUGAAAUACAGUUGAGGCAAAAGGCUUUACGAUACAGAAGGCUGCAUCAUUAAUAAAAAUGGGUGACUUUGAAAAUGAUCAUCAUUAUUCAGAACUUACGGAAAACUCUGCCCUGGCAAGUGGGCAUUAUGAAAAAAAGCAGCAAAUUCCUGUAGUGAUUUCGCCACGUCGCUUAAGAGAUCGGGAGGCUCUGAAGAGAAAAAGGGAAGAGGCGCAGGACAGAGACACUUUCCAGCAGGAUUUUGGAAAUAGGCACCAGAAGAAGUCCAAAGGAACUGGACGUGGGAGAAGGAAGCAAGUCAAGGAACCAGAGCCAGAGCCGCAGCCUGGGCAUCAGCUGGAGCCAAAACAUGAACCAGAGAUUGAAUUGGAACAUGAACCAGAGCUAGAAUCACGGCAUGAGUUGAAGUCUGAAAAGAAGUCUGACUUAGUGCUGGAUGUCCCACAAGACCAUGAUGAGCAUGAACAAGGUCACCUGGAGCAUCAAGAGCCGUUUCCACAUGUGACUGAAGAUGAGGAUGAGGAUGUGACAGUUGUAGUACAUGAAGAGGAAGGUGGAUACUUGCAAGAGAAAACUACCUCCUUUUUAAAAGAUAAAGAAGAGGUGGCAGAGGUGGAUCCUGAACCAGCGACUGCUGUGCCUGAAGUUCUGAGCUUUUCUCUCAGUCCUGAAGAAGAACAUCAAUACUACAAUCCACUACUUUAACUUUACCAAUUAUACUGGCAACAUUUUAAUGUAAAAUCUAACUUUGAUUUAAGGAAAAAAUAUAUAGAUUAAAAAAUCAGCAUUUCUACAGGGUACACCACGUCUGUAAUAAACUAUAAUUGUCUUUUUAAUGAGACAUAUCUGCUGGAGAAUGACAUGUAAAGCACAGAGUUAAUAUAAUUAUUGUAAAACAUUAAAUAUAUUGUUAAUCAAU